GUGUCUGUAGGAAAUUUCCUUUUCCUUUCAGCCCCCACAGAAUAACAGCACAACUAUAAGAUUUCUAGGCUUGGCUUUGCCUUCAGGGACGUAUCAUGAUACUGGCUUUCUGCCUGAAGGGAUUUUUUGUUGUUGAACCGAAAGUGAAAAAAUCGAUCAUUUUGGGUUUUUGGAGAAUGGCACAUUCAAGCAGAGGUAUCUUCUCAAUGAUCAGCAUUGGAAGAAAAAAGGAGACCCAAUCCUGUUUUACACCGGCAAUGAAGGAGACAUCACCUGGUUCUGUAACAACACUGGUUUCAUGUGGGAUGUGGCCGAGGAGCUGAGAGCCAUGCUGGUGUUUGCCGAACAUCGCUACUACGGAGAGUCCAUGCCAUUCGGAGAGAAAUCCUACAGCAAUGCAAAGUAUCUGAACUACCUGACCUCAGAACAGGCAUUAGCUGACUUUGCGGUUUUAAUCAAAGCUCUGAAAGAAAGCGUCCCGGGUGCACAGACCAGUCCAGUCAUCGCCAUUGGUGGCUCUUAUGGAGGAAUGCUGGCCGCCUGGUUGAGGAUGAAGUAUCCCAGUGCUGUCGUUGGAGCUCUUGCUUCAUCUGCUCCUAUCUGGCAGUUCAUUGUGCCCUGUGGUGGUUUUUACCAAGUGGUCACCCGUGAUUUCACUAACAGUGGUGUUCACUGUAGCAGCAACAUCAGGAAGUCCUGGGCGGCUAUUGAUAGCAUCACGGCGACAGGUGAGGGUCUGCAGUGGCUGUCUCAGGAGUUUGGACUUUGUUCUUCUUUAAAGAGUCAAGAGGAUGUCUACGGAUUCAAGGCAUGGCUUCAGGAAACCUGGGUGAAUUUAGCCAUGGUGGACUAUCCAUAUGAAGCCAACUUCCUGCAGCCGCUCCCACGCUGGCCUGUUGAGGUGGUCUGCACACAUCUCAAGUUUGACACAGGCGUAUCAGAUAAACAGCUACUGCAUGGUAUCUCUCAGGCCGUAAGGGUUUACUACAAUUACACAGGAGAGGCUCUGUGUCUCAAUACCUCACAGACUGCUACUGGGAAUCUUGGCAUCUUGGGUUGGUUCUACCAGGCCUGUACAGAGAUGGUGAUGCCGAUGUGUACUGAUGGUAUAAAUGACAUGUUUGAGCCACAAGCAUGGGACUUCCAAGCCUUCUCUGAUGAGUGCUAUGCCCAGUUUGGAGUCCGGCCACGAAAAGAUUGGGCCGAAAUUGUAUAUGGUGGAAGGAACAUAAGUGCUCACAGCAACAUCAUUUUCAGCAAUGGAGAUCUUGACCCAUGGAUGAGUGGUGGAGUAACCAAGAGUAUCUCUGAAUCUCUGGUUGCCAUUAUGAUUGAUAAAGGAGCUCAUCACCUCGAUCUGCGCUACAACAACAAUUAUGAUCCAGACUCAGGCCUUAAAACACGAGCACUGGAAGUGCAGUACUUUAGAAAGUGGAUCAAAGAGGCUGCAAGGACACUAUGACAACCAGAAAUGGUCAGAUUAUAACAUACUGUACUUGAGGGAAAUUGGACAGGUUAAGAAAAACCAAAAAUUUCAGGCGUAUUGACUUCCUGUGUGCCUUGGAAGUGCUGGUUGCUUUGUGCCAAAAUUAUUUUUUCUUUGUUGGUACUUAAAUUGAACAAAACAUGUCAAUGUUUUUAUUGGGAUUGUGUUUACUGUUUGUGUGUAUAAAUGAAGAAUACCGGCUUUGAAGUUUUACAUUCAAGAAUUCAAAAAUAUCAAACAACUCUCAGGGGCAAGAUUUUGCCAAAGUCAAAAGUUUACCUAAUGUAUUACCCAACAUACUGAAAAUAGAAAAAUUAAUGUAUGAUUUUCUUCUGUUGAACACAAAGGAUGUUUGGUCUGCUGGUCUCUUAUAAAACCAAACAUGCAGUGAACACAUGAUGUAAAGCUUUAAAAAGAUUCAUAAAAGUAUCAUUAAAGUAGUCAAUGGGCUAAAUUUCAAGACUUUUGAAGCCGUAUGACACAUAUGUGAGUUAAAUGUAGAUUUGCUAUUCCUUUAAGUAUUUUAUCAAAGCAUUAAGUCUUUAGAUUUUUGGAGUUAUUUCCUAACUUUAGAGAUUAAACUCUUAGUGGUCACUAAAAUUAGCUGGACUUUGUAAGUGAUCUGAGAUUUUUUAUUAUUUUCAUAUGCAACAACCAAUAUUCUGUUUUUUGGACAAAUGGUUUGCACUCCUGGUUGUAGUAGUAUUAUGUUUUUACUGAAAUAAUGGUGUGUGUGUAAGUGCAUGAAACACUUCAAAACAAUCUAACACGCAAUAAACGCAACUACAUAAAACUAUAUUUCUGUUCCUCCUCAUCUCUUUUCAAUUGUGAUUUAAUGAAAACCCAACCACAGACAACGAGCAAUAAAGUAGCUAGCAGGAGGCAUCUGGUGUAAAACAGCAGACCUGCAGGACUUCCCCAGACCUGCAUUCACUCGCUGACAGCUCCUGCCUCUUUAAAUAGCAGUACCUAGACAUUAUCUGGUCUGUGGAAAGCUGCCUCCUGCUAAUAUUAUUAUUAAUAUCACAGCUAGAGAGCAGAGAAGGAUGUUUUAUUGGGGAAGGUCAUAGGAAGGAUGAGUGAUGAU